CCGUCCUUCUCAGAGUUGGUCUGUGUGUGUGGCUGGAGCUGAAGCAGCCACAAUGUCUGUGAGGAUUCUUUUAUUGUUGCUGGCAGUGUCCUCUGCUGUUUCUGCUCAGUCAAGCAUGGAGAGCGAAGCAGAGGUGUUCCUGGAGAAGUUCGACAAGGAGGCCACUCAACGUAUGUACCAGUACUCGCUGGCAUCAUGGGCCUACAACACCAACAUCACAAAAGAAAACUCAGACAAGCUGUUAGCACAGGGGGAAAUAUGGGGCAAUUUCUACAACAAUAUGUCAAAACUGUCCCAGCAAUUCCCCAUCAGCGAGAUCAAGAAUCCAAUAAUCAAAUUACAGCUCCUCUCCCUACAAGACAAAGGCUCUGGUGCCCUGUCUGAGGAUAAAGCUGCACAUCUGAGUAAGGUCAUGAGUGAGAUGAGUACAAUCUACAGCACAGCGACAGUGUGCCUUAUGGACGACCCCCUUAACUGCCAGACUUUGGAGCCAGGCCUGGAGCACGUAAUGGCCAACAGCAAAGACUACGCCGAGCGGCUGCAUGUGUGGGAGGGCUGGAGGAGAGAGGUGGGGAAGAGGAUGAGGCCCCUGUAUGAAGACUAUGUGGAUCUGAAGAAUGAAGCUUCCAAAUUAAACAACUUUGAAGACUAUGGAGCUUACUGGAGAUAUAACUAUGAGACCAUUGAGGAGGAUGCUCAGUUCAACUACACCAGAAAUGAGCUCAUGGAAGACGUCCGCUCUAUAUACAAAGAGAUCCUGCCUUUGUACAAGGAGCUGCAUGCCUAUGUGAGAGCCAAGCUCAUGGAGGUCUACAAAGAAGGCAUUGAUUCAGAAGGACCUCUGCCAGCCCACCUGCUGGGUGACAUGUGGGGAAGAUUCUGGACUAACCUGUACCCUCUAUCAAUUCCCUACCCCGGAAAAAAAGAUAUUGAUGUCAGCGAUGAAAUGGUGAAGCAGGGUUGGACUGAGAUUCGGCUUUUUGAAGAAGCAGAGAAGUUCUUCAUGUCUGUGGGUCUUUAUGAGAUGUUCCCAAAUUUCUGGAAUAACUCCAUGUUCGUGAAGCCUGAUGGACGCAAGGUGGUCUGUCACCCCACAGCCUGGGACAUGGGAAACAGAGAGGACUUUAGGAUCAAAAUGUGCACCCAGGUCAACAUGGACAACUUCCUCACAGUGCACCAUGAGAUGGGUCACAACCAGUACCAGAUGGCGUAUCGUAAUCUGUCCUACCUCCUGAGGGACGGAGCCAACGAGGGUUUCCACGAGGGUGUCGGAGAAAUCAUGUCCCUCUCUGCUGCAACACCCAAACACCUGAAGAGCCUGGGUCUCCUGGGUCCUGACUUCGUUUAUGAUAAUGAAACUGAGAUCAACUUCCUGCUCAAACAGGCACUCACCAUUGUGGCCACACUGCCGUUCACCUACAUGCUGGAGGAAUGGAGGUGGCAGGUGUUUGCAGGGAACAUCAACAAAAAUGAAUGGAUGAAGCGCUGGUGGGAGAUGAAGAGGGACCUGGUUGGGGUGGUGGAGCCAGUGCCAAGAGAUGAGACCUACUGUGACCCACCUGCUCUGUUCCAUGUAUCAGGAGACUAUUCUUUCAUCAGGUACUUCACUAGAACCAUCUACCAGUUUCAGUUCCAAAAGGCGCUCUGUGACGCAGCCGGUCAUACAGAUGCCUUGUCUUCAUGUGACAUUACUGGCUCUAAAGAAGCAGGAACCAAACUGAGGAAUAUGUUAGAGCUGGGAAGGUCUCAGUCCUGGACGAGGGCCUUGCAUGUGAUAUCCAAUGACACUAGGAUGAACGCCGGCCCCCUGAUGGAUUAUUUCCAAAAACUUUAUGACUGGCUGAAGGUAGAGAAUAAGAAACACAAUCGGACGGUAGGCUGGAAAACAAACAUAGAUCCAUAUUCAAAGUAUGCCAUUAAAGUGAGAAUAAGUUUGAAGGCUGCCAUGGGUGAAAACGCUUAUCCCUGGAACAACAAUGAGCUGUACCUGUUCAAGACCAACAUUGCGUAUGCUUUGAGGCAGUACUACAGCCAAAUGAAGAGAGAGACCCUUCUCUUCACAUCAGAGGACAUCCACGCAUAUAAUGACACUCCAAGAAUCUCCUUCUACAUUGCGGUGACCAAACCUGGGAAUCCGUCCAUAUAUAUCCCAAAGGGUGAUGUAGAAGCUGCCAUAAGGUUAUGUCGAGGCCGGAUCAACAAUGCCUUCCAAUUGGAUGACAGGACGCUGGAGUUUGAGGGUAUUAUACCAACACUGGCCACUCCCACGCAGCAGCCGGUGGAGGUGUGGCUGGUGGUAUUUGGGGUGGUCAUGGGAGUUGUGGUGUUGGCAGGCGUUUACCUCGUCAUCACUGGUGUAAGAGACCGCAGAAAGAAACCUGAAGAUCCAGUUGUGGAAAAUCCCUACGAUGAAGUCGAUGAAAUGUCUAAUGGACAAGUUAACAAAGCCUAUGAUGACAGUGGCCAUGAACAAACUGGAUUCUAAAUCCACCACUGGCUCUGAAAAACAGAGGGACGGUGUUUACGAAGUUUUAGUUUUGCUUUUACCGACAGCUGUAUAGUGAAUAUUUUUGCAAAAAAGUAUACUUAAUUGUACUCAAAUGUAGUAAAAUAUUAAAUAUACUUUAAUGUGAAUGUACUAAAUGUUCUAUUUUUAAACGUAGUAGUAGUAAACAUCAUACCAUACAUGAAAUUGUAAUGUAAGUAAAAUUAAUUUAUACUUCAAGUAUAUCUGUCAAAAAAUAUGCUUAAAAUUAGCAUGAAGUACUCGAACCUGUGCAAGUGUAGUCAUUAAUAUUUUAU